AUGGCAAAGACUGGAAAGAAGAAGCGUGUCGGUAGUGUCAAAGACAAACGACGAUCCAAGAAAAGCAAAAAAGAAUGCAGCCAUCCAAUGACAACAGUAACCUUGCCGGAGGAUUGUCGUCGUCACGUCAUGGAAUUUUUGGAUUUUAGCUCGUUGCUAGCCUUUCGGGCCACCGGAAAGAAGCCGAAAAAGCAGGCGGAAUCACAAUUGUUGCGUCGGGCCUUGUCCUCCUUUCCAAUGACGGAUGAGAAUCACUUUCUGUUGGAGUCUGAGAAUCCUCGUCCAGGAAACUCCGAAUAUGAAAUCAAAGUGCGCAACGGUUUUACCACCGAGUGGCUGACGAUGGAAGGGGUUGUGGACAAGGCCAUGGAAUGCCCCCAGAGCAAUCCAGUGAGUGACGAGAUCAAGGCCGAGCAAAAGAAGGCUCUUCAAAGAAAGAGAUGGUGGGCAGGAGACGAUAUCCUUGACCCUCUAACAGUCGAGUUCUUCACACGAAUCAUCGAUCUCUACAAACCUCUCACUCCCUUGUCAGCAUGGCUCAAGAUGGUGGAGUUUGGAAUCGACGGCAAGAUCGUGUCUGUGGAUCUUAUUAAAAGGUUGACUCCUUUGUACCAGGCAGUUUUCGGUCUGUUGAUUCAAGCUUCCUCGAUUCUCCUGGUGCGUGUCAAAUCCGACAGCUUCUCUUCAACCUGCAAUUUGGAAACAGAAAAAGUUGCUCUUCUUGUACGCACAAAGAAGGGGCAUAAGGUUCAGAUUGAAUUGAGUCGGACAACACACAGAUUUUGGUGGUGA